AUGCCCUGUGUGCAAGCGCAGUAUAGCCCUUCACCGCCCGGUUCGAAUUAUGCAGCUCAGACCUACGCGUAUGGCUCGGAGUACAGCUCGGAGAUCAUGAACCCUGACUAUACCAAGCUGACGAUGGACCUGAGCAGCACCGAAAUCACCGCCACUGCCACCACCUCCCUUCCCAGCUUCAGCACCUUUAUGGAGGGUUACUCCGGCAGCUACGAGCUCAAGCCUUCCUGCCUCUACCAAAUGCAAUCUGCCUCCUCCAGCCAGAGGCCCCUCAUAAAGAUGGAAGACACCCGGCUCUCCCCCUACCAGCCCUCACUGCCACCCUCCACCGACGAGGGGAUGCCCAGCACGUCCAUGUACUUCAAGCAAUCUCCUCCCUCCACCCCCACCACGCCUGGCUUCCCCUCUCACCAGAGCCUGUGGGAUGAGCCCCCGCUGCAGCCCACGCAGACCUGCCUGCCGCCCAGCCACCUCAUGGACGCUGCCCCCAUGAAGACCGUGCCUCCCCGCUUCCCCCUCUUCCACUUCAAGCACUCCCCCCCACACACGCCGGCGGCCGCCCCCCACAUCUGCUUUGACCCUGCCUCCCUCUGCCUCCCCCUGGCCUCCGACCGGCCCGGCACCUGCGCCGUCUGCGGGGAUAAUGCCGCCUGCCAGCACUACGGGGUACGGACGUGCGAGGGCUGCAAGGGCUUUUUCAAGAGAACAGUUCAGAAAAAUGCAAAAUAUGUUUGUCUGGCAAAUAAAAACUGUCCAGUGGACAAGAGACGUCGUAACAGAUGCCAAUACUGCCGGUUUCAGAAGUGUCUCAGCGUCGGCAUGGUUAAAGAAGUCCCCCCCCCCCCCCCUCUGAAAGGGAGAAGAGGUCGGCUGCCUUCCAAACCAAAGAGCCCCUUACAGCAAGAACCCUCUCAGCCCUCCCCGCCUUCUCCUCCCAUCAGCAUGAUGAACGCCCUCGUACGAGCUUUAACCGACUCCACGCCCAGGGAGCUUGACUAUUCAAGAUACUGUUCCACCGAUCAGGCUGCUGCAGGCACAGAUGCAGAACACGUACAACAGUUCUAUAAUCUUCUGACUGCCUCCAUUGACAUAACUAGAGGUUGGGCAGAAAAAAUCCCAGGAUUUACUGACCUCCCAAAAGAAGAUCAGACAUUACUCAUAGAAUCAGCUUUUUUGGAGCUGUUUGUACUAAGACUCUCCAUCAGGUCUGAUACUGCUGAGGAUAAGUUUGUAUUCUGCAAUGGACUUGUGCUUCAUAGACUUCAGUGCCUUCGAGGAUUUGGGGAGUGGCUCGACUCUAUUAAAGACUUUUCCUUAAACUUAAAGAGCCUUAACCUUGAUAUCCCAGCCUUAGCAAGUUUAUCAGCUCUAACUAUGAUUACAGAACGACAUGGAUUAAAAGAACCAAAGAAAGUGGAAGAGCUAUGCAACAAGAUCACAAGCAGUUUGAAAGAUCACUUAACUUUCAGUUGCCAAAAUAAAGGACAACCGCUUGAGUCUGCAGAGCCGAAGGUACUGGGUGUUCUGGCUGACUUGCGUUCUCUCUGCACACUGGGACUGCAGCGCAUCUUUUACCUGAAACUGGAAGAUUUGGUGCCAGCCCCUUCCAUUAUCGACAGGCUGUUUCUGGACACCUUACCCUUCUGAGUCAAACCACCCUCCAGAAAGGCAAAUGCCCACCAGAGCAGGCAAACGGAUCGGGACUUACAGCUAACAUUUCUGCUCUCACUUAACAGAAAAGCAGCUCCAAGUCUAAAAUGAGGUCUUUUCUGGCGCUUUGUCCUUACAACCUGAGGCCUGAAACUUACUGGCUUACUGGUUUGGGGUUGUGUUCUUUGUUUUCUUUUGUGUGAUUUGGGUUUUUUUAAAUGGCUAAUAUGGCACUUUUGGACAAUGCUAUCCCAGCAGCAGUAAAAGGUUAACAUGACUGUUUCAAAUCUGUUGUUUAACACCUCAUGGCAUAUGAGGAGUAAAAUUGUAGAAGCUGUGUUUGAAAACAAGAACAGCAAAUAGUUGUUUGCCAGGGUAGUAUGUGUUUUGUGAGGAUACCUUUAGCAUACUUCCUGCAUCAAGGGCACAUACAUCAGCACAAUCUAAACAAAAAUUCACUUUUUUAGCAAAGUACAUUCAAUUGAACAUUUCAUACCAAUCAAAUAUAGCAAAAUGACAAUGGCUGUUAGCUCCCAUGUUCAAGUGCAAUUUUUUAAAGUGCUGUCUUACUAAGUCUCGUUUAUUAACUAAUUUAUUUUACUAUGAAAACAAACAGAAGAAAUCAAGUGAGAAAAUUACAUGCACUAACUUACCUGACAGAGUUUUCCAAACUUGAUUCCAUGUAGCGCGACUUAUUGACAAAUGUAUGUGGAAGACACGGGAGCAAUUGUGGCUCAGUUGUUCCUCAGCUAAGGAAAUCCGAGUAAGUAGUGACUGGAGCAUACAGGGUCAGCAUCAGGGAUAGUUCAGUUCUAGACUUCUAACGUAAGCGACUAGUUAGUAAACGGACAGAAGAUGGUUUUCAAGAACAAGCAAGUCUUGUAAAAUAGUAUGAAUGUAAGUGCUAGGAAGGAUAUAGUGGGCUGCGUUUAAACAUUCCGUGUUCGUACUCCUUUUUGUAUGUUUAUACUGUUGAUGCCAUAUUAAUAUGAAAUAAUUUGUUGCAUAGUGUCCUUAUUUGUAUAAAUGUUUGUAUGCAUGGUAUAUUGUAAUGGCUUUGCCUGUAUUUAUUGCAAUGACUGCCAGCUCAUGGGAGCCCUGUUACACAUGAUAACUAAAUGGGGUGUUCACACUGACUCAGAUACACCAGUUGGAAAACUAUAUACAUAUAUAUAAUGUGUAUAUAUAUAUGUAUAUACCUAUAUUUGUGUGCGUGUGUGUGUGCGCGUGUCUUUUUAUUAACCAUUUGUAUAUAAAAUACCUGUCAAAUCACAAGCAGAGUUAUUUUACAGUUUAUUUGCAGUGACUUCUAAGGCAGUACUGUUUAGCACUUUGAUAUUAAAAUCUUGCUCAUGUUUUGCUAAAUUCAAAUAAUAUUUAAAAAGUUUAGUUCUAAGAAACUUUAUAUGCACUGUAUUAAGUCAAAAUUUUGUUGGUCAUUUUGCUAAGGAAAUUUUUGAAUGUCAACCUGAUGUCACUGUAUCUUUUGUUAGCUUUAAACAUUCUAGCUUUUGUCUUUUUUUAAACUAUGCUGUUUAUAUGGAAAUUAAAUUAUACAAUCAAACAGAUGCCAAAUGAAUUGCCUAAUUGCUGCAAAGGAUAACCCAGAUAUCGAGUCACUGUAUGGUUUUCAAAUAGUAAUCUGGUAUUUUAUCACUUACUAUGUUUGGAUGUGCUUUUAUGAAAAAAUUAUUCUUAUAUCAAGAUUUAUAGUAGUGUCAAUAGGGAAACAGACUUCUAAUCACUAUAGUUAAUAUUUCCGGUUUACCUGCAGAUAAUAUUUGGAAAAGUAUUGCUUUUUGUAUUGACUUUUAAGCUUAUGUGCAAACAUAAUAGCAUAAUUAAAUAUCAGAGAAGCUAAUGUUUCUUGUAGGUUGCUGUAACAAGCCUGACCAGCAAGACAAAUAUAUUUUGACUGAA